CUAUACAUACACACACACACACACACCAAUCUGAAUCUCUCUGUUAAAAUCCCACUUUAUAAUUCCUCUCCAUCUUUCUGUUUUCUUUAGCUCUCCUGAUCCCCCUUCUGUUCCCCAUUUCGUCUUUUCUGAACACCUUGCUUUUCACAAGAUUUCCCAUACGUGGCCUCUUCAUUUGUUCACUCCUUCAAAACCACUGAGACUUAGCUGUGAUUAGAACAGUUUAGUUCAGUUCUGGGGUUUGGUUAUUUGAUUUGUUGUGUGUGUAUAGGGAAGCCAUACUAUACAUAGCUGCAUUUCUUCUUUGGGUUACUUCCAGUGUUCAAAUGAGUGAAGGAGAAGACUGCAUCAAUCUUCAAUAGCCUGUUUCAUGGUGUUUUCUGAUCACUGAAAUUCAUUGGAGGAUUGGAUUUGUGGAUGAAAUGAAACAACACUUUAAGGAAAUGGAACAGGAGGCAAUUCUAUCAGGAACUUCAUCGUCUUUCUUAAAUAGUGAAUUUUGUGAUCCUGCUUGGUCAUUUGCUUCACAAAUCAGCAAUAGUUCUAGCUUUAUGAGUCCCGAUAUUCUUCCAUGGCUAGAUGUUGAAGAUCUUAUCAAUGGAAAUCUUCUUAUGGAUGUCGUUCAAUCGUUUCCAGUAGCUAACUCGUCCCCGGUGGAUGAUCAAAUUACGAAUGUAAGCAUGGAAAAUCAAACCGGUUUUGACUGCUAUGCAAGUGAUCGUCUGUUGCAGCAGUCUCCCCUCCUCGGGUCUGAUAAUUACUUCAACAUGUCCCAACCUUUUAGUAGAUGGAGUUCUGAAGCUUCAUAUGCAACUUCAUCCCGGGAAAAUCUUGCAUCUGGUAUGGUUGCCCCGCAUUUUGAGCAUUUCACUAAUAGUACUCAAAAUGCAGCAGAGAGGUUGGUUAUGGAGUCAUCAGCAGAUGAAUUACGAAAACUAGUUCAAAAACCAACUAGUGUUUGCACAUCUGAUGAGUCGUCCCGUGUAACAGAUGACUUUGUCGAGAGUCUCAUGGCUGAUUCUCUCGGGGAUGACUUAUCAUGUGCAGUGGGACUCAUUCCCUCGCCAUCCAAUAUGAACAAGCAGUUUAUGUUCAAUUGUGGUGGCGAUCCUUCUGUAUCGACAGAGAGUUCCAUUACCAAUGCCUUCAACUCCCAUCAGAAUGAGAAAUGUUUGAAAACGCCUUUCAUCAAUAACUUGUCCAAUGAUUUUGAGUGUAAAAAGCCAGAGAAGUGGGAUAACAAUCUACGGUCAGCAACAAGUAGUCAUAACUGGGAUUAUGGUACUUCUAGUUCAGGAUGCACCUCGGAGCACUCAGUUGGCUCCAAAAGGCCAUCUAAUACGCUAUUCUCGAAUUUAGGCCUAGACCAGCUUUUAUAUGGAACUGCUAGAAGUUCUUGUUCAUUUGACAGACCAGGUCUCAAUAAUCAGUCGUUAUCAACGUCUAAAAGGAGGAGAUUUGAAAGUUUUUCCCCGAGUAGUAAUAUGAUGAAGCCUUCAGAUCUUUAUAGUCUGGAUGGGUUUCAAACCAGUAUAGAGACUGUUACAAAGUUCAAUUCAGGAUCAUGGAUAGGUGAUAGUCGCAGUAUAAAUGUUGGAAACCCCGAUUUACAGGCAAAGGGGCAUGAAAAACCCUCAAAAGCUAUCAAGAAAAAGGGAAAACCAGGAUCCCGACCUAUUCCAAAAGAUCGUUUGCAGACCUAUGCACGUCUUGCAGAGCUCAGAGAACUCAUCCCUAACGGAGAGAAGAUGAGCAUUGACCGGUUGCUACAUCGAACCAUAAAGCAGCUGCAUUUCUUGCAAAGUGUUACAAAACAUGCUAAAAGACUUGCGAAAACUGAAGCACUUAAGGAUAGAAAGGAUCAGAACCAUUCCAACAACGUUGCUAAUGGAGUCACGUGGGCUUGUGAAAUUGAAAACGAAACAAUGAUUUGCCCGCUGAUAGUUGAGGAUCUUAGUACUCCAGGCCAAAUGCUUAUAGAGAUCCUCUGUCAAGAACAAGGCUUCUUUCUGGAGAUAGUAGAUAUAAUCCGAGGUUUUGGCUUGAAUAUAUUGACGGGUUUCAUGGAAGUUCACGAGGCUAAGAUAUGUGCACACUACAUUGUUGAGGCUGAGGCGAACAGGUUCGUAUCGAGGCACGAGAUAUUUUCCUCUCUUGUUCAGCUUUUACAGCUUACGGGCCCUAACGAGUUUAGCCCAAAUGAUCAACAUGGCAAUGUUAGUUUGUUGAACAAUUCUCCCCAACCAGCUGCCAGCUUGCCUGAUAGAACUCCAUGUAUGAGCAGUGUUCCCAUUGCAUGACAGAUAAUGUUUGGCUGAUAAAACAUGAACCUAGUCAGACCAGGAAAGCGGAUGAUGCAGAGGUGAAAUGUUCCUGUCUUGCUUUUCCUGAAAAUGGUGAGCACAUGAUGCCAGAAGUUUGCAUUCUCUUUGACUACCACUGUUGAUACUGAAGCUGCAAGUAGGCUAACUGUUGGAUUUCUGGAAUGUUUUUUUUUUUUUUUAAUAAUUAUUAUUAUAAACUUUGCUUCUUUUCUGAGGCUCUUCAGCUGUUCAUCUGCAACUUGUCCCCAAGUGAUGGAAGAAGUGGACUAGUGGAGUAUAGAUUGUUGCUUGAUUUUGCAAUUA